AUGGAACUCAGCCACAGGCCUCAUAUGGUCUACAACCUUUUCUCCCUGUGGAAGACGGUGAACCCUGGCGGCCUCUUUGUCGUCUACGGCUAUGGUCUUCCCGGUCGCGGAAUCCUCAAUGGACCCGACUUCAAUGCAGUGGCCAAAUUCAAACAGUUCAUUGAUACCUUAUCCAGAUGGUCAACAAAUCAGCUGAACCUGAGCAUCAUGGAGGGCGAUGAACAAAUCUGCUCCAUUGAGUUUGGCAAUAACCUGGUCGCCUUCAAGAAGCUGGGUCCAUCCUUUAUGACGGCCUCCCCUAAUACUGAAACCCCUAGCCUCCUAAUGUUGAAUAGUCCAUUUGUGGUCUACCAUACUACCUCAUACGCUUCCAAAAAGGAGUCAGUUUUCUUCCGACGGCAAUGGGGACUAAGGAAAUGUCGCCAGCCUGCAUCUGAGAAUCAGAGGUCUGCCAAUCGAAAUGAGCAUUUCAAAUAA